CCCUGUAAACAUCCUCAGUCCUCCCCUCUGACCAGAGCGCAGAAGCCUCAGCCCACCUGGUGAGGAGAGAUUCAGACUGAGUGGGGUGACAGCACAAGGGCACUCUCCUGCCAGCCUCAUUGGAGCCAGCCACACCUCCGCUGUAGUCUGGCACUUGUUGCCAAGGAAGAGAAACAAGAACCUAGGGUGCCACAGGUCUAGUGAGCUGAAGAAAUGUCAACAAUUGGGAGCCUUGAAGAAUUCCAGCCUGUGUCCCUGCAGCAAGAGGGAGAUGAGCAGCCCUCUGAGACUGAUCACCUGUCUUUGGAGGAAGAGGACCCAGGCAAGGACCCAGUGCCAAGGCCGAUGUCAAGGCAGUCAAGUGUAACUGAAUCAACACUUUACCCCAAUCCAUAUCACCAGCCUUACGUCUCACGAAAGUACUUCGUUACACGGCCAGGUGCCAUUGAGACUGCCAUGGAAGACUUGAAAGGCCACAUAGCUAAGACUUCUGGAGAGACAAUUCAAGGAUUCUGGCUCUUGACAGAGAUAGACCACUGGAACAAUGAGAAGGAAAGGUUGUUGCUGAUCACGGACAGGACUCUCUUGAUCUGCAAAUAUGACUUCAUCAUGCUCAGCUGUGUGCAGCUGCAGCGGAUUCCCCUGAGUGCUGUCUAUCGCAUCUGCCUGGGCAAGUUUGCCUUCCCUGGGAUGUCACUGGACAGGAGACAAGGAGAAGGCCUUAGGAUCUACUGGGGGAGUCCAGAGGACCAAUCACUGCUAUCACGCUGGAACCCAUGGUCCACUCAGGUUCCUUAUGCUACCUUCACUGAGCACCCUAUGAAAUAUACCAGUGAGAAAUUCCUCGAAAUUUGUAAGUUGUCUGGGUUCACGUCUAAGCUUGUUCCAGCUAUCCAGAAUGCCCACAAGAACGCCACUGGAUCCAGCAGAGGAAAGGGCCUGGUGGUGUUAACUGAACCCAUUGUGAUCGAGACCUACACAGGCCUAAUGUCAUUCAUUGGAAACCGCAACAAACUGGGGUAUUCCCUUGCCCGUGGAAGUAUUGGUUUUUGACUCUUUUAUCCAUCAUAAGUGAAGAUUAUGUUCCAGCCCACUGUAUUUUUGGACUGACUGAUUAUUUUUAAAGAGUGCUACAUGAUUUUGAAUAUUUGAUAUUUCAGGAAAUCUAAAACCUUGAUUGAUAGAUACAUCCUUCUGAUCAUAAAUAAAACAAUCAAAUUUCCUUAAAAUCUGAAGAUAAAUACUUCUGAGCCCAUCAAAAAAAUGUUAUCACAUGAGGACUUUAUUACAAACUUAAGGUAGACUGUCUGAGUUAUAGUUUAUCCUGCUCCCUAAUUGUAGGCAUUUUCCAGGUCUUAGUCUUCUGUACUCUUAUUUAAUGUUUCACUGAGGUGCCACCAUCUUUAUUAUUUUAGCCACUAGUUAUAAGGGGAUGACUUCUAUAUACUCAUGCUCAUCUCUGCUAUUUAUCCAAAAUUCAGUUUUGCAUUUUCAUCUGUCAGUAAUCUACGUAUCACUCUUUCAAUGGCCCCUCAUAUUCACAUUUCAAAAUCCUGUAUUUCCCUGUAACAUUUUUGUGGUGCUAGUAAUCCAUCCCUGAUACUCAUCAAUUCAUAGUUCUCUGAAUUCUUUGUCAAAUACAUUCCAUGUCAAAUACAUCCCAUAUGGCUUAACAUGUACCCCAAUGCCCAGAUAUCCAACUCAGAGAUCAUUGUUCUUUUAAAAUUGUUCAUUUAUUAUGUCUCCUUUCCAUUCUCAGUACUAUGUCAUUUGAUCAAGUUUUUAAUUCUACUCACCUGAUUAUUGCUACAGAUUUUUACUUGGGAUCCCUGUUCCAAUCCAUCCUGCACUUGACUGCCAUCUCCUAAAGCACAAUUUGAUUGUAUCAACCCCUAAGGAGGAACUUUCAAUGGGUCAUGUCCUUGUGUAGUUUUUCCCUCAAGUAUUUCUUUCAUUAGCAGACCACUUUCUUCUAAUGAAAACUUUUGCAGAAGCCCAAUAUAUAAAACAGAUAAAAGUAGGACCGCUAUAUUUGCAGUGGAGAUGGGAAAACCUCCUUCUUUUAAAAGAUCUCAGAAGUGCAACACUUAGAGUGUCCAAGGAUUUCACAGAGUUUUGAUGACCAUAUUUUAAAAAUGCUGUCUUAACUCAUUUUAUUUCUGUUUCUCUUUUUCCUUUUAAUUCUUUUUACCCCCCUCUUCCUGAGUUAGAUCUAAUUUUGAAAAACCUCAGGACAUUAUCUCCUCUGUUCUUGUCUCUUCAAGUUUCUUUUCUUUUUCAGGUGAAAAUUUUAUGUUAUUUAAAUUUAUUGAGGAAUAAGCUUCAAAUUUGAAUACCAUAAACAUUAUUACAGUAAGCUUUUCGCCUUUUCUGAAAUUCAAUAUCUCUUUGACACCCUCCUUGGUAUUUAAUGUUACAAUUCCAGUUAGUUUUUUAGUUGAAGUUUA